AUGUGGUUAAAAAGUGUAUUCAAGUCUGUCCUGCUAGGUGUACCGAUCGGUAUAACCUUUCUUGACACAGUCGGCUAUGUGGCUAGAGUUGAAGGCAUAUCCAUGCAGCCGGUGCUUAACCCGGAUUCUAAAAACACUGACUAUGUAUUUCUAUCAAGAUGGGCCGUCAGAGACUAUAACUUGCGGAGAGGUGACGUGAUAUCGUUAGUGUCGCCGAAAGAUCCAAAUCAGAAGAUAAUAAAACGCAUCGUUGGACUGCAAGGUGAUAUUGUAAAUACUUUAGGCUACAAAUCACAGUACGUGAGAGUGCCCGAAGGACACUGUUGGGUUGAAGGUGACCACACUGGACACACACUUGACAGCAAUACCUUUGGGCCUGUCUCGUUGGGCCUAGUCAACGCGAGAGCAGCAUACAUCGUGUGGCCACCUAGCAGAUGGCAAAAACUAGAAGCAAAAGUGCCAGAAAACAGAAAACCUUAUGUAGAAAAAUAG